CUGAAGUGGGGAUAUUUCAUCUUCUGGAUCAUCUUCCCUCCGUCCCCUCGCCACUCUUCCAAGCAGGACGACGCACGCCGCUUUUUCUCCCUGCUAGAUGAGCGGGAGUUGGGCACCUCACUUGGCCUGAGGAGAAGCGAGCCAAGCCUACAGGCCCUCAUGGGACGCCCCAUUACCCAGCAUGCACUGCUGCUGCUGCAGUGCAUGCUGGUCCUGCGCCUCGGAGGUGUGGUCAGUAGGAGAGGUCCCGUGCUGCUGCCCGAAUCGCCCUGCCACAAGACAGAGCACCCGCUCAUCCCACACUCAGAGAUGGAGCCAUGGAUCUUCAGGUUUAAAGCAGAGGGCACGGUGGAUUACUCACAGCUGACCUUUGACCCCGGCCAGAAUGAACUGAUCGUCGGUGCCAGCCUUCUUGUUGAUGGUUUAUCUGGAGCCUCACAUUGCUUCUCUCUGUCUCUGCAGGAGGCAGAGUGGCACUGUGACGAGUUCACCAAGGGAGCCUGCUUCAGCCGGGGAAAAUCUGAGGAGGAGUGCCAGAACUACAUUAGGGUGCUGCUGGUGAAUGGGAACAGGCUGUUUACCUGUGGAACCAACGCCUUCACCCCCAUCUGCACCAACCGAACGCUGACUAACCUGACAGAAAUCCACGAUCAGAUCAGUGGAAUGGCUCGGUGUCCCUACAACCCCCUCCACAACUCCACGGCUCUCAUCACGUCGAGCGGGGAGCUUUAUGCUGCCACUGCCAUGGAUUUUUCGGGGAGAGACCCCGCCAUCUAUCGCAGCCUGGGCGGCAUGCCGCCACUACGCACUGCCCAGUACAACUCCAAGUGGCUCAAUGAGCCAAAUUUUGUCUCCUCGUAUGAUAUUGGGAACUUCACCUACUUCUUCUUCCGGGAGAACGCGGUGGAGCACGACUGUGGCAGGACGGUGUUCUCCCGUGCCGGCCGCGUCUGUAAAAACGACAUCGGAGGCCGCUUCCUUCUGGAGGACACGUGGACCACCUUCAUGAAGGCCAGACUUAACUGCUCCAGACCAGGGGAGAUCCCCUUCAAUUACAAUGAAUUGCAGGGCACGUUCUACUUACCCGAGCUGGAGCUGCUCUAUGGCAUCUUUACAACCAAUGUAAACAGCAUUGCUGCCUCCGCAGUGUGUGCCUUCAAUCUCACUGCCAUAUCACAGGUUUUCAAUGGCCCCUUCAAGUUCCAGGAAAAUUCUCGGUCUGCCUGGCUGCCCUACCCCAACCCCAACCCAAACUUCCAGUGUGGCACCAUCAACUCCGGCUCCUAUGUAAACCUGACUAAGAGAAACCUGCAGGACGCUCAGAAAUUCCUGCUGAUGCAUGAGGUGGUCCAGCCCGUGGUCCCUGUGCCCUACUUCAUGGAGGACAAUGUGCGCUUCACUCACGUGGCCGUGGAUGUGGUGCAGGGGAAAGACACACUGUUUCACAUCAUUUAUAUGGCCACGGAUUACGGUACUAUCAGGAAAGUACUUUCUCCUCUCAACCGGUCCGCGGGGAGCUGCCUAUUGGAGGAGAUCGAGUUGUUCCCGCCCAGGAAGAGGCAGCCGAUUCGAAGCCUGCUCAUCCUGCACAGCCGCAGUGAGCUGUAUGUGGGUGUGAGAGACCAGGUCAUUAAGAUCCCACUCAAGAGAUGCAGCUACCACAAGAACAGAGAAGCCUGUGUAGGAGCCAGGGACCCGUACUGUGGUUGGGAUCAGCUGCUGAAGAAAUGCACUACACUGGAGGAGAGUGUCCGAAUGAGCCAGUGGGAGCAGAGUAUCACAAAAUGCCCAGUCCGUAAUGUAACAGUCGACGGAGGAUUUGGUGCCUGGACAGGCUGGUCCACCUGUAGCCAUAAUGAUGGAGGCAGUGCCGGCUCUUGCCUGUGUCGGACACGGGCCUGUGACAAUCCUGCCCCCCAGUGUGGCGGCCAACAGUGUCUUGGCAUCAGCGUGGAAGUUGCCAACUGCUCCAGAAACGGAGCUUGGACUCCCUGGACUUCCUGGUCUCCCUGCAGCACCAGCUGCGGCAUUGGCUUCCAGGUUCGGCAGCGCUCCUGCAGCAACCCGACCCCUCGGCACGGCGGGCGAGUGUGUGUUGGCCAGAACCGCGAGGAGAGGUACUGUAACGAACACCUUCCCUGCCCACCCCACGUGUACUGGUCUGCCUGGUCGGCAUGGGAACGCUGCAAUGUACCCUGUGGAGGAGGCAUCCAGUCACGACACAGAACCUGUGAAAAUGGAAACGACUGUCCCGGGUGUGGUCAGGUAUGUCAUGCUAAAUGA